GCUGCCCCUUUAAGUAACAAACGAUUAUAAGUAAACAACUUCAAUAAGGAUUUAUUGGAAUUUUGCAGUAACAUUUACCGUGAAUGUGAAGAUAACUGCAUCUCAAUUCUGUGGAACGGGGUAAUUUUUGGGUAGCGCACGAGAGGGUUACUUGCUAGCUGACUGGUUAGCAUCGUUCUCGCUAACUAAACAUGGUGGCCAGUGAACGAAAAGAGCUCUAAAAUAUUUAAGAAAAGCUUAUUGUUGAAUGAAUUUAGAGGACUUGCAGAGAAAAUUACAUGGAGACUCGUCUGACAUGCCAAGGAAGGAGUUACCACUACCAGAGGGUUGGGAAGAAUCCCGGGAUUUUGACGGGAAAGUCUACUUCAUCGACCACAUCAAACACGCUACUAGUUGGAUUGAUCCAAGAGACAGGCAGACUAAACCUCUGACAUUUGCUGACUGCAUUGGCGAUGAGCUGCCUGUGGGUUGGGAGGAGGCCUACGACCCCAAUGUCGGGGCCUACUAUGUGGAUCAUAACACAAAGAGCACUCAGCUGGAGGACCCGCGGGCCCAGUGGCAGCGGGAGCAGGAGGUCAUGCUGCGGGAGUACCUGGACGUGGCCAAGGACGCGCUGAGCGCUCAGAAGGAGAUCUACCAGGUGAAGGAGCAGCGCCUGCGCCUGGCCCAGCAAGAGUACCUCCAGCUCAACAACGCCUGGAGGGACAGGUCCACCUCCCAGACCAGCUUGAAUUCCAGAUCAUCCUCCAGCAGUAAAUAUGACCCAGAAAUCCUCAAAGCCGAGAUAGUCACUUCCAAAAGUAGGGUGAAUAAGCUGAAGAGAGACCUAGCCUGCAUGAAACAAGAGUUGCAGUAUAAAGAGCAGGGCUUUGAAACGCUGAAAGAGAUCGACCACAAGGUGUCCAGCGCGCCUUACGGUGUCAAGCUUCACGAUGAGCAGGCCAUCCUGAACGAGGUCAAGUCCAUCCGGGACGCCAUCAGCUCCGGGGAGAAGGAGAAACAGGAGCUCAUGCAGAAACUAGCGGUGCUUAAGGAUGGCUUCCAGUUGGACUCAGUGGGUUCUCAGUCUGACCUGUGGGGCAGCAGCCCCUCCCUGGCCAACUCUGAGCUGUCCAUCCCUCGCCUCUACUCCGAAGCCGGAUCCCAGACCAACAUACCUGCUGAGUUUGUGACCAACACCAACAACUUGGCAGAGAAGGUGCGACUGAGCCUGAAGUAUGAAGAAGCAAAUAGAAGGAUUGCCACCAUCGAGGUGCAGAUAGCCAAGCUGGACAGUGAGGCGUGGCCAGGGCUGCUGGACCCAGAGCGUGACCGCCUCAUCCUCAUCAAUGAGAAGGAGGAGCUACUCAAGGAGCUGCAAUACAUCAAGCCUUGCAAGAAAGUGCCUGAUGACCAGGAGAAGAUAGAGACACAGAAGAAAAGGCUUGAGAGAGACCUGCAGGCUGCCAGGGACAACCAGAGCAAGGCCCUGACUGAGAGAUUGAGAUUGCACUGUAAGAGGAACAAGCUGGUGAGAGAGCUGGAGGAGAUGGUUCGCCUGGCCUCAUCACUACACACUCAGCUCAAGAGUCUUUCGGCCAGCACACUGUCGUGUUCCUCAGGCAGCAGCCGUGGCUCUCUGACCUCCAGCCGGGGCUCUUUGGCCACAACGUCAUCCCUGGGCUCCACCUCCUCCCUGAGCUUCACAGAUAUCUACCUGGAGCAGCCUGAGCUGAGAGACCCAGACUUCCAGAACAAAUUGGACUCCCUACUGCAGGAGGGUGGCCCAGGGGUCAGCUACCGGCCCUCCAGCUCCAUCACCACCAUCCACGAACACGAGGUGGUCGCUGGGGGAGAGAGAGCGGGUGACAAGGGGGGUGUUGUCGGUGGGGGAGCAGAGGCCAGAACCAGGCUACAGGCGCUGAGACUAUCAGAGACGCCAAGGUCGAUCAGUUCACUGUCGCCGAGGUCUUCAAUGUCGUCGCUCUCGCCGCCCUGCUCGCCGCUAGUCACGGACUCUAUAUUCCUCUCCGGGGAGAGGUUUGCGGGACCAGGGGGCCCAGGUGGGGGGCUGGACAUGGAGCUGCAUAGCAGGCUGACUGAGCUAGGGCUGGGGUUGGACAAGGAGGAGCAGCAGCACCCUGGAGGGGUGGAGCAGGAUGCCAAUACCAUAGCUGGAGAGAUGUUUAAAGAUGCCAUAGUGCACGCCAGAGGGACGGUGGGGGCGGGGCCUAAGAAGAUGGGCGUGACGUCAGCAGUGUCUGAUGAGUCGGUGGCGGGUGACAGCGGGGUGUACGAGCCCUCAGAGACGAGGUCAGUCCUCCCUGCAGAGCUGCUGCUGGGCUAUGAGGAGAGGGGAGGACCACUAUGCUGUGCCCAGGUCAGACUGGGCCUGAAGUACGAGGUGAAAGACAAGCGCUUCACCGUGUUCGUCAUGCAGCUCUCCAAUUGCAGCGUCCUCGUACUGCCACCAGACCACAAAAUAUACAUCCGUGUGGCGGUGCUCCCGUGCUCAGAGUCCACCUGCUGCCUCUUCCGGACGCGCGGCUCUCUCCCCCAGGACAUUGUGGAGGUCAACGAAGUCUUCAGUGUCCAGAUGGCCCACAAUGCCCUGCGGCAGAAGACCCUGAGGGUGGACAUAUGCCACACCAGCCUGUCCGGCCGUGAGGAGUGUCUUGCUGGUGCUCAGAUAAGCCUGGCUGAUGUCAACACCUCUGGGGAGAGAUGUGUCAAGAGCUACAACCUCCUCAGCUACUCCUUCAUGCCCCAGAUCAAUAACAAGGACAAGACUGGGACGGCUCUGCAGUUUGAAAGGAGCUCUGUCCCCACCACAGAGAGAGUAGCAGGCAGUCUGGAGGGUGCACCAGAGGAGGAUGAAUGGCACAGUGAAGAGCUGGAAGGUGAAGUGUUUGAAGACGAGGAAGAUGACCACAUAGAGGGGGCGGGACCUCUAGAGGAAGAGGAGGAGCUAUAUCCUGACGGCAGCCAAUGGGAGGGAGAGGUGACAACCAAACCGACUGGAACAGGAACCAUGGCUGAGAGGGUGAACAAGGAGACCAGUACCGGCCACCACCACCAUGUCUCCUCCUCGGUGGUCCGGCCAAAGGAGCGUCGGCCCCACCAUGUUCCCCAGCAGAAUGCCUUCUUCCAGGGCAACACCAUCAUCCGCUCCAAGACCUUCUCCCCUGGGCCCCAGAGCCAGUACAUCUGCCGGAUCAACCGCAGUGACAGUGACAGCUCCACUCUGUCAAAGAAGUCUCCUUUCGUCAGGAACGCAUCAGAGAGACGCAGCAUGCGCAUGAAGAAGCCCUCGGUGCCGGUGCGGAGCCUGGACGGGCUGCUGCGGACCAGUCUGGACCUAGAGCUGGACCUGCAGGUGUCCAGGACACGCCACACGCGACUGGCUCAGGAGCUGCGUGUCCUCAGGGAGCUGAAGGAGCAGCUGGAGAGGGCACGGCAGCAGGGAACCAGAGAUCUCCCCACCUGGGUGCAGGACGACGAGCGCUUUCGUCUGCUUCUCAGACAGGCCGAGAAACAGACCCGUGAGGAGCAGCUGCAGGAGCAGAGGGUGGAGAAGAUGAUGCGUGCUGCGGCCAAGGACGUCCACAAGCUCCGAGGCCAGAGCAGGAAAGAGGUGCCUGAGGUCCAGUCCUUCAGAGAGAAGAUGGCCUUCUUCACUCGAGCAAAGACCAACAUCCCUGAUCUGCCUGUCGACGAUGUGUAGCGCAUUUCAAGUAUUCCAGUCUUACCUGCUGUUUCCAAGCAGAUGACUCUGACGCAGACUUCUGGUGGUAUUAUGAAGAAUGGAGAAUAAUAAAAUAAUAAUGUAUAGGAAAAAAUACCGUCACAU